GGCGACCCUCUGUUUCAUUCUUAUCAGGCUGUGAUGGAUCUUGUUAGACAUUACUGAAUUUGACACCAGCGUCUGUUAUUGCACAAGAAGAGCCUCUGUAGCCCACAGGACCCCCUUCAGGUGGCGCAGCAAAGAUGAGUUCGGACUCAGAGAUGGCCGUGUUCGGGGAGGCGGCCCCCUUCCUGAGGAGACCUGAACGGGAAAGAGUGGAAGCCCAGAACAGGUCCUUCGAUGCCAAAACGGCCGUGUACGUGGCUGAUCCCAAGGAGCUGUUUGUUAAAGGAACUCUGCAGAGCAAAGAGGGAGGCAAAGCCACUGUCAAGACCAACGCAGGGCAGGUUGUAACUGUGAGGGAUGACGAAGUCUUCCCCAUGAACCCGCCCAAGUUCGACAAGAUCGAGGACAUGGCCAUGAUGACCCACCUUAACGAGGCCGCUGUGCUGUAUAACCUUAAAGAGCGUUAUGCAGCGUGGAUGAUCUAUACCUACUCGGGGCUGUUCUGUGUCACUGUGAAUCCAUACAAAUGGCUUCCAGUUUACAACCAUGAGGUCGUGUUGGCCUACAGGGGCAAAAAGCGCCAGGAGGCUCCACCACAUAUCUUCUCCAUCUCUGACAACGCCUAUCAGUUCAUGCUCACUGAUAGAGAAAACCAGUCUGUCCUCAUCACUGGAGAAUCUGGUGCAGGGAAGACUGUCAACACCAAACGUGUUAUCCAGUACUUUGCGACAAUCGCAGGCACUGGGGACAGGAAGAAAGAUGUCAGCACCUCUGGAAAAUUACAGGGGAAUCUGGAGGAUCAGAUCAUCUCUGCGAACCCUCUGCUGGAGGCCUUCGGGAACGCCAAGACUGUCAGAAAUGAUAACUCCUCCCGCUUUGGUAAAUUCAUACGAAUCCACUUUGGAACCACAGGAAAACUGGCUUCUGCAGACAUUGAAACUUAUUUGUUGGAAAAAUCCAGAGUAACAUUUCAGCUGUCUGCAGAGAGGAGUUAUCACAUAUUCUACCAGAUUACAUCCAACAAGAAGCCUGAGCUGAUAGAGACCCUUCUCAUCACCACUAACCCCUACGACUACCCAUUCGUGAGCCAAGGGGAGAUCAGUGUGGCCAGCAUCGACGACAGCGAGGAACUGAUGGCAACUGAUAGCGCCAUCGACACCCUGGGCUUCACCGGAGAGGAGAGGAUCGGCAUUUACAAGCUAACAGGUGCUGUGAUGCAUUAUGGGAACAUGAAGUUUAAGCAAAAGCAGAGAGAGGAACAAGCAGAACCAGACGGGACAGAGGUGGCUGAUAAAGCAGCGUACCUGAUGGGUCUGAACUCUGCAGACCUGCUGAAGGCUCUGUGUUAUCCUCGAGUCAAAGUGGGAAAUGAAUAUGUGACCAAAGGGCAAACUGUUCAGCAGGUCUACAACUCCAUCGGUGCUUUGGCCAAAUCCGUCUAUGAGAAGAUGUUUCUGUGGAUGGUUUUGCGCAUUAACCAGAUGUUGGACACCAAACAGCCCCGACAGUUCUUUAUCGGAGUGUUGGACAUCGCUGGCUUUGAAAUAUUUGAUUAUAACAGUCUGGAACAGCUGUGCAUCAAUUUUACCAACGAGAAACUGCAACAGUUUUUCAACCAUCACAUGUUUGUGCUGGAACAAGAGGAGUAUAAGAAGGAGGGCAUCGAGUGGGAGUUCAUCGACUUUGGGAUGGACCUGGCUGCCUGCAUUGAGCUCAUAGAGAAGCCAAUGGGCAUCUUUUCCAUCCUUGAAGAGGAGUGUAUGUUCCCUAAGGCGUCCGACUCCACCUUCAAAAACAAGCUCUAUGAUCAGCAUCUGGGAAAAUCCAGCAACUUUCAGAAGCCGAAGCCUGUUAAAGGCAAGGCCGAGGCUCACUUCUCCCUGGUGCACUACGCUGGCACUGUGGACUACAGCAUCACAGGCUGGUUGGACAAGAACAAGGACCCUCUGAAUGAAACUGUGGUCCAGCUCUACCAGAAAGCCAGUCUGAAACUGCUGGCGCUCCUCUACUCCACCUACGCUUCAUCUGACGAAAACACUGGCGGAGCUGGUGCUGCUGCGAAGAAAGCAGCCAAAAAGAAGGGCUCGUCCUUCCAGACUGUGUCAGCUUUGUUCAGGGAGAACCUGGGAAAACUGAUGACAAAUCUGCGGAGCACACAUCCCCACUUUGUUCGGUGUCUGAUUCCAAAUGAAACUAAAACUCCAGGCAUCAUGGAACACCAUCUGGUCAUCCAUCAGCUGCGAUGUAACGGCGUGUUGGAGGGAAUCCGGAUCUGCAGGAAGGGCUUCCCCAGCAGAAUCCUUUACGGGGAUUUCAAGCAAAGGUACAAAGUACUGAAUGCUAGCGUGAUCCCUGAAGGACAGUUUAUCGAUAACAAGAAAGCUGCUGAGAAGCUGCUGGGGUCGAUUGAUGUGGAUCACACACAGUAUAAGUUUGGACAUACCAAGGUGUUCUUCAAAGCAGGGCUCUUGGGUUUGCUGGAGGAGAUGCGUGACGACAGACUGGCCUCUCUCAUCACCAUCACCCAGGCCUUGUGUCGUGGCUUCCUGAGACGCAAAGAGUUUCAGAAGAUGAUGGAGAGGAGGGAAUCCAUCUACAUCGUCCAGUACAACAUCCGCUCAUUCAUGAAUGUCAAACACUGGCCGUGGAUGAAGCUCUACUUCAAGAUCAAGCCUCUUCUAAGGAGCGCUGAGACGGAGAAGGAGAUGGCGUUGAUGAAGGUGGAGUUCGCCAAGUGUAAAGAAGAUUUAACCAAAGCUGAAGCAAAGAGGAAGGAGCUGGAGGCCAAAAUGGUCUCACUGCUUCAGGAGAAGAAUGACCUGUGUCUGCAGAUUCAGUCUGAAAGCGAGAGUCUGGCCGAUGCAGAAGAAAGAUGUGAGGGGCUGAUAAAGAACAAGAUCUUGCUGGAGGCCAAAACCAAAGAGCUGAGCGAGAGAUUGGAAGACGAAGAGGAGGUGAACGCGGAACUGACGGCGAAGAAGAGGAAGCUGGAGGAUGAGUGCACCGAGCUGAAGAAAGACAUCGAUGACUUGGAGCUGACCCUGGCCAAAGUGGAGAAGGAAAAACACGCCACUGAAAACAAAGUGAAGAAUCUGACUGAGGAAAUGUCUUCUCUGGAUGAUACCAUCGCUAGGUUAUCAAAGGAGAAGCUGGCUCUGCAGGACGCCCACCAGCAGACACUGGACGACCUGCAGGCAGAGGAGGACAAAGUCAACUCCCUGACCAAAGCCAAGGCCAAGCUGGAGCAGCAAGUGGAUGAUCUCGAGGGCUCUCUGGAACAAGAGAAGAAGAUCCGGAUGGAUGUGGAGAGAGCCAAAAGGAAACUGGAAGGAGAUCUGAAACUAAGUCAAGAAUCCAUAAUGGAUUUGGAAAAUGACAAACAGCAGCUGGAGGAACGCCUAAAGAAGAAAGACUUUGAGUUCAGCCAACUUGUCGACAAAAUUGGGGAUGAGCAAAGUGUUGCAGCACAAUCCCAAAAGCGAAUCAAGGAGCUUCAGGCUCGCAUUGAAGAGCUGGAGGAGGAGAUCGAGGUGGAACGUGUUUCCAGGGCUAAAGUGGAAAAGCAAAGGUCCGAUCUGUCUCGGGAGCUGGAGGAGAUCAGUGAGCGACUGGAGGAAGCUGGAGGAGCCACGGCAGCUCAGGUGGAGAUGAACAAGAAGAGGGAGGCCGAGUUCCACAAACUGAGACGAGACCUUGAAGAGUCCACCAUCCACCACGAGACCACCACCGCAGCUCUGAGGAAGAAACAUGCCGACAGCGUGGCCGAGUUAGGAGAACAGAUCGACAACCUGCAGAGAGUCAAGCAGAAGCUGGAGAAAGAGAAGAGCGAGUACAAGAUGGAGAUCGAUGACCUGAGCAGCAACAUAGAGGUCGUAGUCAAGGCAAAGAUUAAUUUUGAGAAGCUGUGUCACUCUCUGGAAGACCAACUGAGCGAACACAAGACCAAACAUGAUGAGAACUCUCGUCUGAUCAUCGAGAUAAAUACUCAAAAGGCAAAACUUCAGAAUGAAAAUGGUGAGUUGUCUCGUCUUCUUGAGGAGAAAGAAGCCAUACUUUCCCAAAUGUCGAGAGCUAAACUCACCUUCACUCAGCAGAUUGAAGAGCUGAAGAGGCAUGUUGAGGAAGAGACAAAGGCUAAGAACGCUCUUGCUCAUGCUCUUCAAUCUGCCCGCCAUGACUGUGACCUCCUGAGGGAACAGUUUGAGGAGGAGCAGGAGGCCAAGGCUGAACUCCAGAGGGCGAUGUCCAAGGCCAACAGCGAAGUGGCUCAGUGGAGAACCAAGUACGAGACUGAUGCCAUCCAGCGCAACGACGAACUGGAGGAGGCCAAGAAAAAGUUGGCCCAGCGUCUGCAGGAGGCGGAGGAGGCCAUUGAGGCAGUGAACGCCAAGUGUUCGUCUUUGGAGAAGACGAAGGAGAGACUGCAGGGAGAAGUGGAGGAUCUGAUGGCCGAUGUGGAGAGGGCCAACGCUCAAGCAGCCGGACUGGACAAAAAGCAAAGAAGCUUUGAUAAGAUUUUGUCGGAGUGGAAGCAGAAGUUUGAGGAAAGUCAGUCUGAGCUCGAAGCGUCGCAGAAAGAGUCUCGUUCCCUCAGCACUGAUCUGUUCAAAAUGAAGAACUCUUAUGAAGAAGCUCUGGAACACCUCGAGGUCCUAAAGAGAGAGAAUAAGAACCUGCAACAGGAAAUCUCUGAUAUGACUGAACAACUGGGAGAAAAUGGAAAGGUCAUCCAUGAGCUGGAGAAGACGAAGAAACAAACUGACAAUGAGAAAACUGAAAUCCAGACCGCACUGGAGGAAGCCGAGGCCUCUCUGGAACAUGAAGAGUCCAAGAUUCUGCGUAUUCAGCUGGAGUUGACUCAGGUCAAAGGAGAGGUGGACCGCAGACUGGCCGAGAAGGACGAGGAGCUGGAUCAGAUGAAACGCAACCACCAGCGCACUGUCGAAACCAUGCAGUCCGCCUUAGACGCCGAGAUUCGCAGCAAGAACGACGUGAUGAGAAUCAGAAAGAAGAUGGAGUCCGAUCUGAACGAGAUGGAAAUCCAGCUGAGCCACGCCAACCGGCAGGCGACUGAAGCCCAGAAGCAGCUGAGGAACAUCCAAGCCCACCUCAAAGAGCAGACCCUUCAACUGGAUGAGGCCCUGCGGAGCCAGGAGGACCUGAAGGAGCAGGUGACCAUGGUGGAGCGCAGGUGCACCCUGAUGCAGGCCGAGGUGGAGGAGCUGAGGGCUGCUCUGGAACAGUCAGAAAGAAGCCGCAAACUGGCCGAACAGGAAAUGACCGACGCCUGUGAGAGAGUCAGUCUGCUGCACUCUCAGAACACCAGUCUGCUGAACUCUAAGAGGAAGUUGGAUGCAGAUGUGAGUCAGCUGCAGGGGGAGGUGGAGGAGGCCAUGCAGGAGGCUCGGAACGCAGAGGAAAAGGCCAAGAAGGCAAUCACUGAUGCAGCCAUGAUGGCCGAGGAGCUGAAGAAAGAGCAGGACACCAGCAGCCACCUGGAGAGGAUGAGGAAGAACCUGGAGGUGUCUGUGAAGGAUCUGCAACACCGUCUGGACGAGGCGGAGAACCUGGCUCUGAAAGGCGGCAAGAAGCAACUGCAGAAGCUGGAAUCUCGGGUGCGUGAACUGGAGGGUGAACUGGAGAACGAACAGAAAAGAGCUGCUGAUGCUGUUAAAGGCAUCCGUAAAUACGAGAGGCGAGUGAAGGAGCUCACUUACCAGACUGAGGAGGAUAAGAAGACCGUUCUGAGGCUGCAGGACCUGGUGGAUAAGCUGCAGCUCAAAGUGAAAGCCUACAAACGACAGCAUGAAGAAGCAGAGGAACAGGCCAACACUCAUCUGGCUAAACUGAGAAAAGUACAACAUGAGCUGGAAGAAGCACAGGAGCGAGUCGAUAUCGCCGAGUCCCAGGUCAACAAGAUGAGAAGCAAAAGCAGAGAGUUUGGAAAGGUUGCUGACUCUGAGUAGAUCUUGCAGUGAUGACUUACAGGAGACCUUCUUUUUGUGCAUCUUCUUAGUUCAACUAGACACUCACUAAAAUACAAAACAAACCCUACUGUUUGCUGUGAAU